AGCGCACACGGACCAAAUAGGUGCUCGUGGAUACAGCGAGACGCACGGCUCGGGACUCUACAGCGCAAUUCCAUCUCAUGGAUAUGGAUAUUUCCGUGGCUUUAUUAUACCUUUUGCUUUUUUCCAAACCAGUUUUGGCUUUUGGCACAGAUCAAGACUACCAAAUUGAUAUAAUCAAUGAACUUGACUUGGCAAAUGCUACCUAUGGAAUUACCCAAGUGGCCGGGCUUCACAAUAGCAGCAAAGCCUUCGUUUUUCGAGAUGUUGGGAGAGCCGUUCAAGCCCCGGCGCACAUCACAGAGAAAGUCAUGCAGCUGUUCAGGAGAAAAAGCGAAUUUACCUUUUUGGCCUCCAUCCAACAGAAGUCCUCAACAUCGGGUGUCUUAUUCUCCAUCCAUGAGUCGGAACACAGCUACUUUGAAUUGGAGAGCAGCGGCGUUCGAGAGGAGAUCCGUUACCACUACCGCUUCAAGGGCAAGCCUCGCACCGAGUCCUUCCCUUAUCGUCUUGCUGAUGGCCAGUGGCACAAAAUCGCCCUCACUAUAAGCUCCUCCCACCUACUGCUGCACGUGGAUUGUAACAGGAUUUAUGAGCGCGUUAUUGACCCUCCUCAGAUGGAACUCACCCCAGGAAGUGGCGUCUGGCUGGGCCAGCACAGCCACAAGCACGGCCUAUUCAAGGGUAUCAUCCAGGAUGUGAAGUUUGUUUUCGCUCCCAACGGUUACAUUACCCAGUGUCCAAACCUCAACCGCACCUGUCCAACCUGUAGUGAUUUCUUGAGCCUAGUGCAAGGCAUUAUGGAUCUGCAAGACCUACUUGCAAAGAUGACCCUCAAGUUAAAUUACGCCGAGUCCAGGCUGACGCAGCUUGAGGGAUGUCACUGUGAGAAGACUUGCAGUGCCAACGGCCUCGUCUACAGGGAUAAGGAGCUCUGGGUGGAGCCGGAAAAUUGCCGGAACUGUGCAUGUAAGAAUGGAGUAGUAGAGUGCCGCAGGAUUUUCUGUCCUCCUGCCAAUUGCUCCGAGGACUCUUUGCCAGUACAUGUGGAGGGGACCUGCUGUAAGAAAUGCAGACCAAAAUGCAAUUACAUGGGGCAGGUCUUUUCUGAGGGUCAACGUGUUUUAUCCAGGAGCUGCAGGGAAUGCAAGAAUGGUCUGAUGGUGAGAGUCACAGAAACCUGCCCAGAGCUCAACUGCUCUGUCAGUGAGCAGAUAUUAAGAGACGGGAGAUGCUGCAAUGUUUGUCAAGGUUAUGACUUCUGCGCCGAAGGGGUCAUCUGCGGGGAAAACUCUCUUUGUAAAAACAAGGUCACUAAAGCGGAGUGUGAAUGCAAGAGCGGCUACGCCUCCAUUCACGGCGACUCGACUUACUGUGAAGAUAUUGAUGAAUGUGCAACCCAGAUGCACUACUGUCAGUCCAACACGGUGUGUGUCAACCUACCCGGCAGCCAUCGCUGUGACUGUUUGCCAGGCUUCACCUGGGUGGACCAAUACUCAUGCACAGAACAUGAUGAGUGUGCCAGUCGUCAGAACUCGUGCGAUGAGAAUGCGAUCUGCACCAAUACCGUUCGAGGACAUCUGUGUAGCUGCAAGCCGGGCUACGUUGGGAAUGGCACCAUCUGCAGAGCUUUCUGCGAAGAGGGGUGCAGGAGCGGCGGGACAUGUGUGUCCCCCAACACGUGUGUUUGUCCUUCAGGAUUCACAGGACGAUAUUGUGAGACGGAUAUCAACGAGUGCGCGGAGGGCCUGAUUGAGUGUCACAACCAUUCCCGCUGUGUCAACCUCCCCGGCUGGUACCACUGUGAAUGCAGAAGCGGUUUCCAUGACAAUGGCUCCUAUCUGCUUGAUGGGAGCUCAUGCAUUGACAUCGACGAGUGCAUUGCGCAGAAACACACUUGCUGGAACAACAGCGUGUGCGUCAACCUACCGGGAAGCUAUGACUGCGUGUGCGCGUCUGGUCCGGGUUGCACCGGGGACUGCCCGCAAGAGGAGGGCAUCAUCCGAAGGAACAGGGAAGACUGGAAACCCAGCUAUGACAUCUGCACUAUUUGUUCCUGCAAGGAUGGCCAGACAUACUGUCGAAGGAAACCCUGUGACUGCGCAGACCCAGAGGAGGAUCUGUUCUGCUGUCCCAGUUGCGAUAACAGACCCAGCAGCCAAUGUUUGGACCAGAGCGGCCGUACACUCUACCGGAGCGGCGCGUUUUGGCUGUAUGGCUGCCAGCAGUGCCGCUGCAUGGAGGGCGAGGUGGAUUGCUGGCCUCUGGUUUGUCCUGUGCUGAUGUGCGAGUACACGGCAGUGGCAGAAGGCGAAUGCUGCCCGCGCUGCGUCACAGACCCCUGCCUGGCCGACAGUUUGUCUUACGACAUCCGACAAACGUGUUCGGACCACGCCGGCGUCACGCGCCUCAGCGGGGACGCGUGGCAGAUGCCCAACUCGCCCUGCACCGGCUGCAUGUGUAAAAACGGAAACGUUUGCUGUUCGCUGGAUCUCGACUGCCUCCAGAACAACUGAUGCUCUUCAUCUUCUGGUGAUACUUUUUCUCACUAUCUUUCCCUGACUCCUCCUUUCGCCGAAGGGCCGCCACGCCCCGCUUCCCAUUGCCAAACAACUGGAGCCCUUUUUUUUUUGUUUUGUUUUCAAGGGGGACAAACUCUUGCACAUCCUUGUGUAUGCCGAUGUGUGCACCGAAAAUACAAACACACACUGGUUGAGACGUUGGUUUAUCCCCCCCCACCUGACACUGUUGGCAGGACUUGACUGUGAGUCGUAGCUCCACACGAGGAGCUUGUGGUUGAAGCUACUCACAUCCCCUGUUGUAUGUCUUCAUCUUUUCUUCUGUUUCACAAACAAAUAUUUUGGCUUUUAUCUUUUCAGGCCCAAACUAGACACAAGGCGCUGAGAGCUGGCAAUCAAAGUUUGAAGAGCCUGCUAAUGAGGUCAAUAAGAAUGUUGUUCGAUGCGAUUUGUUUUAUGGCUCACUAUUGAGUGGAUUCAUAAUUUUUGGGGGAAUUAU